CAUCUGUAAGUAUUUGAGAUAAGAUAUGAUUUUGUCCUUUAUGAAUCUGUAACCUAUACACACUAUCUCUCUUUGUCAUUUCAUCAUUUAACCUGUAUGAUAUGAGAGUUGUCUGUAUAUGUUGUGUAUUUCAAUGAGUUGUCUCCACUAGAUCAUAAAAGUUUUGUUCUGUUUUCAGUCACCAUUGGCGAUGACGGGGAAACAGGUACCGGUAGGUUAAUCUUAAUUCUUUAAAAACAUGUUUUAUGUUCAUUUCAAAGGAUUUUAAUGAACAAUUUUCAAAUGAUGUCACUUUUAAAUGUAUUUUUAACUUCUGCUAUUUCAAAGCUCUUGUAAUGUGUAUACCUUUCUAUAGUGAUGUGUUUUAUUUUAAUUGUAGUCGAGAUGAAUAGAUUGGAUUCACCCCCCUCCUCAAACUCAGGUAAUUAACGUUUUAAAUCAACUAUUUUUAAUUGAUAUCAGUGUUCAAUAUAUUUUACGAACAUGAAUCGUGUGCAUUUACCCUGUAGAAAUAUGUCUGCCUAGUUUUGACUAAUAAAGAAGUCUUAUAACUGUAUGACAUUAUUUAUUUUAUAUUGUAGAGGAGACAAUGGUGAAGACGCAUGUUGAUGGUAUGUAUAUUGGAUAAUUAUGGUCAGAAGUGUUUUUUACUGUGGUUAAUUAACUCAUUCCGCAUCAUUUAUAUCGAAUAUUACUUGAUAUAUGUCAAUUAUGACCAGCAGAAGAGUAUUUUUGCUGUAGUUACUUUUUAUUAUAUUACAGUGUCCCAGAUUCCUCUACCAUCAUCGUCCUCAUCUUCACCCUCAUCUUCACCCUCAUCCGAUAGGCAGACAGUUGCCAAGGUGGAAGAUGAGGGUGUGCCAUGGUUGAGGAGUGGGAAAAGGAGGACUCUAUUAGGAAGUAUGGAGGAGCAAGUCUAGAAUGAAGGAUCUUCUCGUGUGUGCCACCGCAGUGAUUGAUGAAGACUGAAUACUCUCUCUGAGUAAUAUUUACUUUGGCUAGCAAAGGAGCAUACCACCAUUCUACUGAGGGUGUGUGUAUGUUUGUGUGUAUGAAAGUGAUUUAUGUGUAAUAAGCUUUUCUGUGAUGUCUUUUAAUGUUGUAAUUGAGUUUAGAUGGAUGGUGUGUAUGAUGGUAGUAAGGGUGAGUGUGAAGGUGUAUAUUUGAGUGCUCUGUGCCUUUUAAACCAAUAUGUUAUUGUGAUUUUUACACCAAUAUAAUUCAUUGUGAUUUAUGAUUUUUUUCCAAUGUUUAAGAAUAAAUAUAUUUACAUGUGAUUUUUACACCAAUGUUUAAUUCUAUCCUAUUGUGAUUUAUAUUUUUUUCCCCAAUGUUUAAUUAUAUCUUAUUGUGAUUUAUGUGUAAUCUUAUUCUCAGGGAGAACAUGUCUUGUCCGUUUUAGUUAUGUAUCUAAUAAAUGUUUUGAUUCGUAAUCUAUGUUUUCUUGUUCUUAAUGUGCGAUUCAGAACUUGGAAUGAACGAAGUU